AUGAGCACAGCAUAUCAACCUGCGAUGCCGACUUUUGAGGGCCGUACAUUAUCUGGGUACCCCUCAGCAUUAUCUCAUUCUAGCCACAUCAAGCCGGUUGUGGAUGAUGCAAGAAGUUCUCACCAGUACCGUUAUGCAUCCCAACAAGUCCAGCUCCGAAAUGGACCCUAUUUAUCGACAGAACCGGCCGCAGAUCCGAUGUUGCGUCAACCUCCUAGUUCCUUAACUCCUGUUACGGAAUCUUCAGUAGCGGCUAAGCGCUCUCAUUCGACCACUCCCCGUAGAGGCUCAGAAACGUUGAUUUACCACAGCUUGCAAAUGCCCAAGUGUAUUAGUCAUACUGGAGGAAACCUAUCCGACUUUGCUGCUCAGUCUAUUGACGAGCUGAAGAAAGCUGAAUCGAUUCGAUCACGACAACCCAACGCAUCAAUCCAGCGACUCCCCGCCUUGGCAAAGCCUCAUGAACAGUUUCGAAAAUGGGUAUACAAUGUUCUGUCAACGACCCAAGUCACCCAGAAUGUCAUCUUGUUGGCCCUGUUGUUCAUAUAUCGUUUGAAGAUGUCGACACCGCAGAUAAAGGGACGUGCUGGUAGCGAAUAUCGACUUUUGACAGUGGCGUUGAUGCUUGGGAACAAGUUUCUGGACGAUAACACAUAUACCAACAAAACCUGGGCGGAGGUAUCUUGUUUCGCUGUCCAGGAAAUUCAUGUGAUGGAAGUAGAGUUCCUCAGCAACAUGCGAUAUAACUUGUUGGCUUCAAAGGAGGAAUGGGAGCAGUGGAUUGUGAAACUAUCCUGUUUCCAUGAUUAUUAUGAGCGAGCUUCCAAUCUUCCAGUAUCUCCCGUUCAUAUCCCUUCUCCUAGUCACAAAGCGCUAUAUUCGCCCCUUCCGUCGCCAACUGGAACUGGAAUCCCGCCAUUCACGCCUUCGACCAAGUUUAAUCUCUCACCGAGUUCGAGACAUUGUCAAAAUGUGUCGGCUUACCAGUCCAAUGCUACAUCCCCACUGGCAUCGAAAAUUUCGAUCCCUGUACCAUCCUCUCGCAAACGAAGUCCCGACGAGGAUCUAACGGAGCAUCCUGCUAAACGAAUGGUGCAUUCAGCCGCUGCACAAAUUGUCCAAGGAGCCUCCAGUACACGACUGAAUGGACAUGUUGACAGUACCAGAUUACCAGUUCCUCACCUAACUGUGGUGACGAGUCAUAGCCCCGAUCAGUUCGCAACGGGCCAAAAUUUUUCCUCUCAAGGCUCGGUUCCAUCUGCAUCUCAACAGGUGGUAUCUCUACCUCCUCUUCAAUCGGGUGUUCGAGCAAUGUCAACUGUCUAUCAGACUGGUACGCCGUCUGCCGUGGCCUUGCAACCGCAAUCCGUGUCAGCUUCUUCUUCAUCCGCAAUAACCGGAUCUACCUAUCCAAUUACAGGCUUGCCGAUACACCCACAGGUGCCCUAUGGUACUCCGACGAAGCACCACAGCCCUAGAAAUAUGGCGCCUGCCUAUGGUUCCUCACCACUGGUGGAAGCUUUCGGGCCUGGAUCCGCGGUUCACACGCCUAUCGCUCAUACUCCGAUAUCGAAUUCGCCAAGUGUGUAUUUGCAGCAUCGGGCUAGCCCGUACAAGCCCAUCCGGCACGUCAACAGGCUUCUUUGUCCGCCACCAUCGGCGUCUCUUGACCAGUAUCAUCUUUCGGUUCCAGUCCAGCCGAAUCAGAUGCACUAUCAGCCACUAGGUCGGCGACACGAUCUACGAACCGGCAUCGUACCUGAAUUUUUGGUCUACAAUCGAGGUCAGCAACAGCAUCUUAUACCACACGGUCCGCACCAGGGCCACUUUACGUCCUAA